AUGUCUUCAGAAGACAAAACUACUUCGUAUGCAACAUCAUCAACGCCAAUCUAUUCCUUUGAAGUAACGCACGGAAAGAAUGUGUUUACAGUGGACCUAAGUGGAGAUACUACUUUAAAACAAUUAAAGGAGGAAAUUCAAAAAAAGACUCAAGUUCCGAUCGGUCUUCAGAAAUUAUUAUUUAGAACCAAGGAGAAGCCGAAUUUAAAAGAUGAUGGAACAAUGAUCAAAGAUUUAGGAUUGAUUCAUGCUCCAAAAUUUAAAAUUUUAUUGAUGGGAUCAACAUUGGAACAAAUUAUUGAAGCUUCUUCAAGUAAGCCAAAGAGAGCGACUUCUUCCUCACAAUCAAAUGAACCAUCAUCUCCAGUCACUUUGAAAAUUUCUCAAUUACCAGAACACAAAAAAUACAUUGACAAGGGAGUUCCAGAACAUGCUGAAAAAGGAGACAAAACCAAGGAUCUUGCAGUCACACAACCAAUUAAUGGUAUUUUAAAUAACAGGGGUGAAGAAAUUAGAUUCACAUUUAAACAAGAUUUACGUGAAUUGUGGAUUCAAUCCAAGUCGAGCACUGAAAAGAUCCCCUAUGCUGCCAUUAGAUACAUCGACACUGAGCCAAUUCACUCAAAUGCAGAUUAUCAUAUUAUGGGAUUUCAAAUAGGUCAAUCAACCAACAAUAAGCUUUGGUUCUAUUAUGUACCAGCUCAAUAUGUUCGAUGGAUUAAGUACACUGUGUCAGGCCUAAACGAUUUUCCUUUCUUCAACUAA